AUGGAGUUCUGCAAAGAUACCGCUAUGGAAAUGAAUGAUGGGUACAGAAUUCCAGUGGUCGGAUUUGGUACCUACGCCCCUGAUACAGUUCCAAAAAGUAAAUGUGAGGAGGCUGUAAAGGUGGCUAUUGAAGUUGGCUACCGCCAUAUAGAUGGAGCCUAUUUAUAUGAGAAUGAGGAGGAGGUUGGGCGUGCCAUUCGAGAGAAGAUUGCAGAUGGAACAGUCAAAAGAGAGGACAUAUUUUACACAGGAAAGCUUUGGAGCACCUUUAACGCUUCUGAGAUGGUCCCCUCAGCCCUGGAAAAGUCACUGAAAAGCUUGCAGUUUGACUACAUUGAUCUCUAUAUUAUUCAUACACCCCUAUCUUUAAAGCCUGGAGAUGAUUUAUUCCCAGUGGAUGGAAAUGGAAAAUUGAUUUUUUAUAACGUAGACCUGUGUGCCACUUGGGAGGCCAUGGAGGCAUGUAAAGAUGCAGGCUUGGUGAAGUCCAUUGGAGUGUCCAACUUCAACCGCAGACAGCUGGAGAUGAUCUUGAACAAACCUGGACUCAAGUACAAACCUGUCUGCAACCAGGUUGAAUGUCAUCCUUACCUCAACCAAAGGAAAUUGCUGGAGUUCUGCAAAUCCAAAAAUAUUGUCCUGGUGGCUUUUAGUGCCUUGGGAUCUCACAGAGAUGAGCGAUGGGUGGAUCAAAGCACUCCGCUUCUGCUGGAGGAUCCAAUACUGAACGCUCUGGCCAAAAAAUACAACCGAAGCCCAGCUCUAGUAGCCCUGCGCUACCAGCUGCAGCGUGGUGUGGUGGUCCUGGCCAAGAGCUUCACCAGAGAGCAUAUUGAAGACAACUUCAAGGUGUUUGACUUCCAGUUGACAGAAGAGGACAUGAAAGCUAUUGAUAGCCUGAACCAAAACCUUCGCUAUGACCCAUAUCAAGAAAGUUUGGACCAUCCUGAGUAUCCAUUUGCUGAUGACUAUUAA